AUGUCAAGCCGAAUUCUACUCCCCAGUGGCCGAUUUGUGUGCCGAGGCUGCACAGGACAGCUCCGGGCAAAGCUACCGCGCUACUACAGUACUUCAACUGAGCCGGAUGUCUACGAUGUUGUCUGCGUCGGAGGUGGCCCGGCCGGCCUUAGCCUUCUGACAGCUCUACGCGCGAACCCCGUUACCAGUGGCCUCCGAGUGGCCCUCAUCGAAGCCCAAGACCUUGGAAAGCUCAGCGACUGGUCUCUCCCCUCCGACAAGUUCUCGAACCGAUGUAGCUCCCUCACGCCAGCGUCUGCAAACUAUCUCAAUGAUAUUGGCGCCUGGUCCCACAUGAAGCGCGACCGCAUCCAAGAGUACCAAGAAAUGCAAGUUUGGGACGGAGUGACCGACGCACGCAUCGAGUUUGACGUCCCUCCCACCUCAAAGAACGGCGGUGUAGUCGCUUACAUGAUUGAGAACCUCAACCUCACGUCUGGGCUUCUGCGCCGAAUCAAGGAGAUUGGUGGCGUGUCCAUAUUCGACAACGCCAAAGUGGAGGCCAUUGCCCUCGGCGAAGAGACGGAUGGCAUGGACCUUAGGCAAUGGCCCGUCGUGCAACUUUCCACGGGGCAGAAGCUGCACGCGCGCCUUUUGGUUGGCGCCGACGGCGCGAACAGCCCCGUGAGGACAUUUGCCGACAUUCCAAGCCGUGGCUGGGCCUACGGGAGACAUGGUGUCGUCGCCACCCUCCAGAUCGAGGACGAUGGCUAUUCUGGCCGGGGAAUGAAGACGGCGUAUCAGCGUUUCCUCCCUACCGGCCCUAUGGCCAUGCUUCCUCUCCCGGAAAUUUUGCAACCCUCGUCUGAAUACAUGCAUAAGCAGCCCUCCGGUCAGACAGACGAGCUCGAUUGGAGGUUGCAGCACACUAGCUUCAGCCCCCACGGUGUUCCUCAGGUCGUCACCGGUGUUCAAGAAGGAACCAUAGCGUCCUUUCCCCUACAGCUCAGACAUGCCGACCGUUACAUUGGCGAGCGUGUCGCCCUCGUGGGAGAUGCCGCCCAUACUAUUCACCCCCUUGCCGGCCAAGGUCUCAACCAGGGUCAAGGCGAUAUUCAAUGCCUAGUACGAACCAUUGAGUACGCCGUCUCUCAUGGCCAGGACAUUGGUACGCUCAUGUCACUCGAGUCAUACAACGCGGAACGCUAUGCGGCAAACCAUGUUCUUCUGGGCGUUUGUGACAAGCUUCACAAGAUUUAUUCCUUUGGAAGCGGGCCUUUGGUUCCGCUGAGGUCAUGGGGUCUCAAUGCCGUCAAUGCCAUGAAACCCCUCAAGGAUUUCCUCAUGAGCCAGGCGUCUGGUAGUGGCGCCAAGCUCUUCUAG